AUGGAAGCGCAUGAUGUCUCUGAGAUAGACCCUUUGGUGAAGGCUGCGCAGUCACCUGGCGCACCCCUGGUGUCUUCGGUGAACAAGGUGCUGCAUGCCUUGCAAGAGCGCCAGUACUUGCGGCACAUGGUCAUAGAGCCACAGUUCAUCGGGAUUCAUCCUCAGAAUCGUGAUGGCCACGGAGUGGCUUGGCAUGAUUGUCACUCCCUCAUGGCAAACAUCGUUGACGUGGGCUUUGAUGCCUCGAUCACAAAUUGCAUUUGUGUGGAGACAGCUCCAGGUGAUUCAUCAGCCAUUGCUUUCAACCAAGCUUUGUCAGUGGAGAGUGGUGGGAAACUGCCGGAGGUCCACCCACAGCACCUCAAGUUUUUGAGCCUGUCCGGAAGUCAUUUGAACACAGCACUGCGCAUGAUCGGGCAGGGCACUCCAUGCUCAGUGGAAUCGGUGGCAAUCGACGGCAAGGUGAACGUCCAGAAAGUUCUUCAAAAGGACGCUGCAUACGCUGAAGCCAGCCGUGCAGGGUUGCGGUGGAAAGUUUUGUCUGCCGCAGUGCUCGCGCAGUGGCCUCAGCUGGCCUCUCUCAUCCAGUCUGCUGCCAAUACAGGCAAUCACCUGGCUCGUGAAGAGCAUGAGGCUUUCGGCGGCGGUCAAAAGCUGAUAGACCGCACGAGUGCCUUGGUGAAAACAUCGACUUCCGGGACAGAUCGAAGCCUUGGCGUUGAGUUCUAUGAAUUGUUGGGCCAAGAGCCUCGACCCAAGGAUGCAGACCCCUUUGUGCGGUUCAGGCACGCUCUCCUGGCUCUCGGGUAUUCGUGCCCGGUGCCGCGCCUCAUCACGGCAACCGACUGCCGACGGCUUUUCCAGAGGCAGUUCCAGGACGACAUUGGCAAGGCCAAUGAGCUCAUGGGCAAGGUGGAUGCAUUGGUGGAGAAAAAAGUUGAGCACCGUCAGCGUCACCGGGUGUUCCCCGAGCAGUAUCUCUUCGAGUGCCAGCUGGUGCUGCUGGCACUGCAGAAAAGGCACAGGGACAUCGAGCUGUGUGACAGCAUGGAGCACGCUGCCUUGGCUUUUUGCGAAGCUGUCCAAGAAGCAGUUGGGGUCACCCUCUCCAACGAGUGGGAUGGCUUGAAGACCCCUCCCAAGAGUUCAGCCCUGACGACAACAGCUGUGGCAGCCAAGCUGAGGGAGUUUGAUGCCUCAGGGCAAGUGGUUGCCAGGAAGAAAGACAAGUUGCAGGCUAAACUUGUGAAGUUUGAAGGUGGCAAUGUGGUCAUCGAGUAUGAUGGGGAGCAGUAUAUGGCCACCAUCUCAGCUUUUCUCGAAAAUCAGUGGAAGCUGAUCGAUGAACCCAAGACCCGAGAGGCGUUGGACCAUGUCGCAUUCGCCAGCUGCAACAGCUAUGACAUGAUAGUGGCUGGAACAAAAGGGAAGAUUGUAGAGAAACUCAUGGAGCUGGAGAAGCAGCACAAGGCCUCCUUGAACAAAGUCCAGGUGUACCUGAAGCCACCCAAGACCGUGGAGGCCACUAGCGAAGUGGCCGUGGGAAAGCUGGUGUUGGUACCAGCCACACCCGCCAUUCAGGCGCUUCAGGUCGACAGCCGAUCGAAGCCAAAAGGAUUGAGCCUGGGCAAAUGUGGCACAAACAGUCACAGCUUCUACUUGACCCAGGUGGUGCAGGUUCCAAAGGAUGGGAAGGGCAUCGUUGUGCCUUUCUGGUUUGUGAAGGGCACCUCCGACCCGGACAAGGCAAACGUAGAGAUCGUCAACAUCGUUGACCCAGGGGAUGAAAACAAAGGUUUGAAGCACAUACCAUUGAUGAAAAAUACUCGAGCCCUUCAACAGGGCGAUGUGCUCCUGAAAUUCGAUGAGGCCCGAAAUGAUGACACUCCUGAUGAAUUGGUCCCUUUCGCCAGCGCAGUCAAGAGACGUAAGACUGGCAAAAAGCCUGAAUAG